AUGCUCGCGCCCGCUCUGCUAGCUCUCGCGCUCGCACGACUCGCCACGGCCUACCCCGACGCCGCCGACCUCGCACCAACCACCGCCAACUCGACCCUGCCCGCCGUCUGCACCGCCGACCUGUGCCUCCAGGGCGACAACUCGCUCGCCGCGGGCGUCGUCGUGAGCGGCAUGGUCAACGGCUCGACCCAGCGCGUGACGCUCCUCCCCGGGUCCUACACCUCGACCUCGCUCGCGGCGAGCAACGCGUCGUCGUCGGUCCUGUCCGUCCUCGACAACAAGGCCGUCGUCAACGCGACCGAGGGCUUCGCCUCGAGCGGGUCCCUCGCGUCGUCCCUCGCCGUCUCGCUCGAGGCCGGCCUCACCGCCUACACCUCGCCGCUCUACCAAGGCGCGCCCUCGCACCUCGCUUUCCCCUCCUCCGCCCUCGCCUCCAACUCGACCUCGUACCCCUCCUCGGCCGAGUCGCUCCUCCUCACGUCCAACACCUGGGCCGUCGUCCAGCUCGCCAACGACCGCUCGUCGCGCCUCGUCGUGUGGGACUCGGUCCCGGACGUCGGCCAGCUCGACGGCGGGACCGGCAGCGGCGCCGGCGGGACGUGCACGGGCAACGGGACGUGCGCGUGCUUGGACGGGUUUGCUGGGCCGACGUGCGGCGACUGUGAGGCGGGCUUGUUCGGCAAGGCGUGCGACGCGGCGUGUCCGGCCGGGUGCGCCAACUGCGACGACGGCAUCACUGGCACCGGCCUGUGCCUAGACCCGCCCAUCUCGAACGUGACGCUCCCGAGUGCGUGCAACUGCGCCAACGGCAUCUGCGCGACCAACUCGACGAGCGCGACGUGCGAGUGCAGCGCCGGGUGGACUCGCGCCUCGAACGGGACGCAGUGCGCGGCGUGCGCGACGGGCUACUACCUGAGCUCGGCAGGUGACUGCGUCGCCUGCGACCCUUCCUGUGCCUCGUGCUCCUCGCCGUCCGGCACCUGCCUCACCUGUCAAGCCGGGCUGCAGCCGCUCGCGUCCGACGGCACCAAGUGCACGACGGCGACAUCCGCCUCGACCAACGGCACGUUCGUCACGUGCGCCUCGCGCACCUUCUGGGACUCGACCUCCGCGUCGUGCGUCGACUGCAACCCGCUGUGCGAGUCGUGCUUCAAGGCCGGCACCGACGGCUGCCUGUCGUGCCGGAGCCCGAACGUGCUCCUGCCCGGCGGGGCGUGCGUCGCCGUCGAUUCCAAGACGGGCGUGUGCGACGGCACGGCAGGCGCCAACGGCACGAGCGUCGCGAGCGGGUGGGUGUACGACAACACCAAGCGCGUCUGCGACGCUCUUCCCGCCAAGUGCGCCGCAGGCGGCAUCGACAACUUCAACUCGGCCGCGAGCAGGUCGAGCCUCAAGUGCUCGCGCUGCCUGCCUGGGAGCUACCUCGUCGACGGCGCGUGCGUCGACGAGUGCCCGGCUGGGACGCUCGUCUCGGGCGAGGGUUUGAGCUGCGCGGCCUGCGACUCGUCGUGCGCGACGUGUUCGCUGUCGACCUCGCACUGCACCUCGUGCGCCUCGACCUCGGCCCUCAUCCUCAACGGCACCUGCAUCUCGGGCUCGUCCUGUCCGGCCGGCUACUUCGCGCCUGCCUCCAACACGUCGACCUGCCUCGCGUGCCACCCGGACUGCGCCACCUGUUCCUCAAGCUCGACGACCUGCCUCACGUGCCCGCCCUCUCGGCCGGUCCUCACCCCGUCCGGCUCGUGCGUCGCGACGUGCGCCUCGAGCGAGCACUUCGACACGGCCAAGUCGAGCUGCGUCGCGUGCUCGUCGACGUGCGCGACGUGCUCCGGGUCCGGGUCCGGCGCGUGCAUGUCGUGCCCGGCGGGCGAGCGCCUCAAGGCCGGCUCGUGCAGCAAGCCGAGGGACGCGUGCGCCGUCAUUGCCGGGUUCGGCGUCUGCCUCGAGGACCUCGUCACGGUCGCGGCCGAGUCGGCGGCGAGCGAGACGCCCGCAGCGCGAUGGAAGAUGCCCUGGUGGCUCAUCCUAGUCAUCGUCCUCGUCCUCGUCGCCGUCGUCGGCGUCGGCGUGUGGUUCUUCCGCCGCAGCGAGCAGAAGCGGCGGCGAGCGCACACGGCGCGGUUCGCCAAGGACCUCGGCGACAAAGAGGUCGACAAGAAGCUCGCCGCGCUACCCCUCUCGGUCGCCUAUCCUCCCAUUCCUCGCGCGUCGUCGCCGACGCCCUCCCACGUCAUCCCGAUCCCUCCCCUCUCCCCCUCUGGCCGCGACGCCUCUCACGACAUCCCUCUCACGCCUCGAGCCGUCCCCGCCGCGUCGCACCACUUUGUCCUCGAGGACCCCUCGUCGCCCGUCUCGUCCUACGCGCCAAGCUCCCCUCGAGCGCCGCCGGCCCGCCCAGCACGGCCCGACGACUCGCGGUGGAGCCUGAGCUCGUACGGCUCGCGCAUCGCGCCGGCGCGACGAGUCGAGCCGCAGCAGACGGGCGCGUCCGAGUACUCGCAGCGGACGUUCGUCACCCAGGCCGGCAACACGCUCACGAUCCAGAGCCGGAACCCGUUCCUCGGGCGCAUGUGACGGAGCGAGCGAGGGAGCGGCGGCGGGACGAUGGCCUUGUAGCGCACCCCCCUUUUCUUCCUUCCUGUACUUCUCUCGUCGCUCUCUCUCUCUCUCUAUUGCACUGCAGAACAGACCGUUGCACGA